UACUAACAUUUUUCCUCACUUAUUGUGUCUGUGUUUCUCUCCUUCCACUUCAAGUUGUACGUUUGAUCAACACUAUAUAUAAUAUUAGCCUCAUUUCGCUUUCCGCCACACCAUUUUCACACUCACUACACCUCACCAAAUAAUGAGCCAUGGAAUACCAAUACCACCCAUCAUCUUAUGGCGUCUCUUCCUCUUCUCACUCCAACCACCAUCAACAAGGGUCAACAACACCGAAAUCCCUCUCUUCACAACGCAGCCUCGUCUCAGUCCCCUCCCUCAACCACCACCUCCACGCCCCGAAUUCCACCGUCUACCACCACUGCCUCACAACCCUCAAGGGUCACACCUCCUCCUACAUCUCCUCCUUAACCCUCUCCGGCAAAUUCCUCUACACCGGCUCCUCCGACCGCGAAAUCCGCUCCUGGAACCGCAUCCCAGAAAACUCAUCAAACAACAAUAACAAUAGCAACACCGUACUCACGGGAAACGGUGCUGUUAAGUCGUUAGUAAUUCAGUCAAACAAACUUUUCAGCGCGCAUCAAGACCACAAAAUCCGUGUCUGGAAAAUAAGCACUAACAACAACAACGAUAACGAUCAUGACCAGAAAUAUACACACGUGGCCACACUCCCCACCCUCGGCGACCGCGCCUCGAAAAUCUUGAUCCCCAAGAACCAGGUACAAAUCCGAAGGCACAAGAAAUGCACCUGGGUUCACCACGUGGACACCGUCUCGGCUUUGGCCCUGUCCAGAGACGGAACCUUGCUGUACUCUGUCUCUUGGGACAGAACGCUCAAAAUCUGGAAAACGAAAGACUUCACGUGCCUGGAGUCCCUCGCCAACGCGCACGACGACGCCAUCAACGCUGUCGCAGUCUCCUACGAUGGGUGCGUCUACACCGGAUCAGCGGACAAGAAAAUCAAGGUGUGGAAGAAAUUCGCAGGAGAAAAGAAACACACUUUAAUAGAAACCUUGGAGAAGCACAACUCUGGGGUUAAUGCUUUGGCUCUAAGCAGCGACGAGAAUGUUGUAUAUUCUGGUGCAUGCGAUAGGGCUAUUUUGGUUUGGGAGAAGAAAGAGGGUGAUGAUGGGAAAAUGGGGGUGGUGGGUGCUUUAAGGGGACACACCAAGUCCAUUUUGUGUUUAUCUGUUGUGGCGGAUUUGGUGUGUAGUGGCUCUGCGGAUACAACGAUUAGGAUUUGGAGAGGUUGUGUUGAUUCGCAUGAAUACUCUUGUUUAGCGGUUUUGGAAGGGCACAGGGCUUCGAUUAAGUGCAUAAGCGCAGUGGUUGACCACUGCAACAACAACAACAACAACACAUCGCAGUCCGAAGCAUUAUUAUCUUUUCUAGUCUAUAGUGGCGGUUUGGACUGCGACAUUAAGGUGUGGCAGAUUUUACUUCCGGCUAGCUAAAUUAUAGGACCCAUCAUAAUAAUAAUAAUAGGUUAUUUAAAUUAAA